CAGGCAUCUUGAAAUACUUCGCCUUGGCGCUUCUCAUCUUCUCCCCGUCGCCGGAGCUCCAAGAAACCAAGAACCCACCAUCACCAUCCCCGCCCCUCCUUCCCCGCUCGAUUUCCCUCUCCGCCGCGCGCCUCCGCUCCCCAGCGGCACCGGCCUGCAACAGAUGGAUCAGUUCCAUCACGGCCACCACGUGCGGCUGCGCAACCCCGUGCGCGGCGCGUACCUGCACGCCGACGAGGACGGCCAAGGCGUCUCCCUCCACCACCGCCGGGAUUCGAUGAACGUAGCCUGGGCGGUUCAUUUGGUCGAGGGUAACCUGCACCUCCACAGCGCCGCCUACGGCCUACCUCGCCUCCUCCACGACCGCGCCGGCGCCGCUCGGCCACCGCGGGCUCCGCGUCGAGCAGCGCAACUUCGACUACACGGAGGUGACCGAGCUCGUUUUGCUGGCCGUCCUGUCGGACUCCGGGAACGAGGUCCUGCUCCAGCACUUCAACGGCGGCUUCCUCCGCGCCAACGGGAGGUACCUCCCCUGGAUCAACGGCGCCAGCGUCGAGUACAUCAGCGACAUCCACCACGCCAGCACGAUGAUGCACUGGGUCGUGGAGCACGUCCCCGCCAGGGACACCAUGCCUCCCCUUCCGCCACCUCCGACCGGGUUUACCUUCCCCGCCGCCAUGGUGCGGUCGCGGGUGAUCACAUACUCGUGGAGGAGCUACCACAGGGACCUCCUCGUCAACGGCUCCAUCGUGUUCAGGGGGAGGUCCAUGUUCCGCCUGAGGGAGGAGCUGGCCGGGCGGCUGGCCGUGGGCGCCCUUGCCCUUGCAAACUUGGGCGUCGACGACAUCGUCAUGUGCCUCCCCACACGUGACGGCCGGCUUUUCCCGCUCCUCGUCGACCUGCCCAACAGCCGCCGGUGCCUCCACAUCGCCAUCACCAUCACCGACACGCUUGCCCACGCGGCGCUGCGGUUCGCGGAUGUCGAUGCAGAGUAGAGAGAUACCAGAGCCAGGACCCCUAGCUAGAAGUCGCCUUCAAAAGCGUCGCCGCCUCGGAUACGAUGACAUUAGAACCCAGUUCCUUCCGUUGAGAUAUGGGUUCAGGAAAACCCAGCAUUUGUUGUGUUUCUGCUAGCUAAACUUUGGUUUGUUCUCCAGACAGUAUAUAAGAAACAUAUUUGCG